AUUUCUCUGCUCCGCCACUUCUUCUUCCUCCUCCGUAGUCUACGCUGCGCCCUCGCUUCUCUCACUCUCUCCCUCUCUCCCUCUAUAAAUUCCUCUAGCUCGAUCCCCAAUAGGCAUCGCAUUGCAGACCUCCUCUCCUAAAUCCUUCGCCUGCUUGUGGCUUCUCCCUGCUUUCCCUCUCUGGCCUCUGCUUACGAACGCGGGACUUCCUCUUGCUUCUAACAGGCGUGCCACGCUUGUUGAGGUUACGUGGGAGUGAGCUUCGAGAAGCAUCUGGCAUCUUCCGGGUGUGCUGCGCUUGUUGAGGCGACGUGGAAUUAGGCUUCGAAGAGAUUCUUGCGUCUGCCCCGCUUGUUGAGGUUCGUGGGAUUGGGCUUCGGAUAGUCGCUUUCGUCUUUCAGGUGCAUUUGCGCUUGCUGUGGCCGCGCGGGAUUGGGCUUCGAAUAGCUGCAGAAGCGAAAAAAAAAGGCAGUCUUUUAGGGUUGUGAGGAGGAGAUGAGUGCAUCGAGGUUCAUCAAGUGCGUCACCGUGGGCGACGGCGCCGUCGGCAAGACCUGCAUGCUCAUAUCCUACACCAGCAACACAUUUCCCACGGAUUACGUUCCAACUGUGUUCGACAAUUUCAGUGCGAAUGUGAUUGUUGAUGGGAACACAGUUAAUUUGGGCCUCUGGGAUACUGCAGGUCAAGAGGAUUACAACAGACUCCGACCAUUGAGCUACCGAGGCGCCGAUGUCUUUCUACUAGCCUUCUCUUUGAUAAGUAAAGCUAGCUACGAGAAUGUGGCCAAGAAGUGGAUUCCUGAACUGAAGCACUACGCGCCUGGUGUGCCGGUUAUUCUCGUCGGGACAAAACUUGAUCUUCGUGAUGACAAACAGUUUUUCAUCGAUCACCCUGGUGCUCAACCAAUAAGUAAUGCUCAGGGAGAAGAGCUGAAAAGAACUAUUGAAGCACCUGCCUAUAUUGAGUGCAGUUCGAAGAGCCAACAAAAUAUUAAGGGGGUUUUCGAUAUGGCUAUCAAGGUGGUUCUUCAACCUCCCAAACAAAAGAAAAAUAAGGGGAAGGGUCUGUGCUCUAUUCUAUGAAUAUGAACACAGCCACCAUUCUCAUAGUCGCUAGCUUGAUUUAGGGAAAUAGGUGUAUAUUAACUAACAGCUGCAAUUCAUGGAAGCAUUGGGUGUGGUUUUCUUUCGCGAUCAUGAAGCAUAUCACUUCUUGAGUUUGAAUCUUUCCGUCCUCAGCAGGUUGAUAAGCAGUGAUCUUCUACAAGCGACAUGCCUAAUCUUAUCACAUACUGUUUGUUUAGGUUUACAAAUUCAAGCUUGAUGUUUGUUUGUUGGCUUCUUGUUUAAAAAUCUUUUUUUGUCCAAUGCCCUCUGUGUCCACGUGAUGUGAGUUUUGUUUUGGUUGACUCUGCUCCUAAUAAAUUGUAUUGAUCUUAUUCGAAAACUUUU